AUGUCGUCGACGGUGAAGAAUGUCAAGAAUCUCGCCGGCGCGCGGUAUCGCCUCGUCGACGCCUCGGGCGAGGUUCUCGGGCGCUUGGCCUCGCGGCUGGCGAUGGCGAUUCAGGGGAAGGAUAAGCCGACGUACACGCCCGGUUCGGGGAGCGGAGACGUCGUCGUCGUCGUGAACGCGGCCGAGGUGGCGCUCACGGGGAAAAAGAUGGAGAAGAAGCUGUAUCACCGGCACACCGGAUACGUCGGGGGGUUGGUGACGCGCACGGCGCGGGAGAUGUUCGAUAGGGACCCAACGUUCGCGUUGAGGAAGGCGGUGGAACGGAUGUUGCCGAGAAACGUGCGGAGUAAGGAGACGAUGCGGAAGCUGCGGGUGUUUCCAGGGGCGGAGCACGCGUUUGACGAGUCGCGGUUGGUGCGCCUGGAGGCGCCGCCGAGGGCGCUGAGUAAACCACCCGACGCGCGAGCGCCGGAGGGGAUGAUUGCGUUUAACCCGGAGGCGUAUGCGAAGAAGGCGGCGCUGGCAAAGCGGAGCGAAGAGGCGAGGGCGACUUUUGCGAGACGCGCGGCGCGCGAGAGUUGA